AUGCUCAGCUGGCUCCUAGUCCUCCUAGCAGGACUUGCAGGUGUUGCAAAUUCCCAGCGCACUACGGAGAUGAGGACAGACACCUACCAUCAAAAUGCCGGUGUCCUCCAAUUUGUUAACCCCCUCAUAGGCACCUAUGGAACAACACCAGAUGGCAACGGUGGGAUGAUCCCAUCCGUCAGCCCUCCCUUUGGUAUGACCCGCUGGACUCCGCAGACCCGCGAGAAUUUCAUAUCGCAAGUCCCUUAUGGCGACAGCGAUCGUCUCAUCCAUGGAUUUCAGGCGACUCAUCAGCCGGCUAUUUGGAUGGGUGAAGCGGGCCAGGUUGUGUUGACACCAGGAAUUGGGGGAGUACAGCCGCUGUUUCAGAACCGGGGAUUGCGGUUUAGGAAGAAUGACGAGAGGAGUACUCCCUACAUCUAUGAAAUCCUUGUUGAUGCUGCACAGCUUCUGGAUUAUGACUGGAAUGCGACUGCUGAGGCUGUGGGAGAUGGCCCUGUUCCUGGUGGUGCGGGUUCCGUGCCGGAUGAAGUGAAGGAGGGGUCGAAUGGACGGACGCGAAAACGGCAGAUUGAGUCUGUCCUGCGUAGGAUCGAUAGCGUUGAGUAUGAGCGAUGGAUACAGGUUGCCAUGACUGCAGAUUCUCAUGUUGGCUAUCUUCGGUUUGACUUUCAACAUAGCCCUACCAACGUGGAUAACAAAGGCCAGCCCUGGGUGUCAAUCCAAGCAUCGCGCCGGAACUGGACAGGUGAAAUCCAUGUUGAUACCAACAGGCAGGAAGUCUAUGGCUAUAACACUGAGCGUCAGGAUUAUCUCCUCGGACCGGACAAAGCGUCGUCAUUUAAAGGAUAUUUCGUAUCUCGCUUUUCCCAGCCGUUUACUGAAUUUGGCGUGGCCAAUGGAGGUUCAAUCAUGAGGAAUCGGGUUCAGCGACAUGGAAAUUUUACUAGUGCCUAUGUGAAAUUUGCUGAUUCAACAUCGCGCGUCGAAGUGCGCACUGGGGUUUCGUAUAUUAGCAUCGCACAGGCAAGGAAAAACCUCGAGAUCCAGACUCCAGAUGAGAAUACCUUUGAGGAUACUGUAGAAAAAGUGAAGUCAGCCUGGCUUGAGAAGUUGGGCAGGGUAUCAAUCAAGGGCAUCAACGCGACCGAUUCAAACAACGAUCCCCGCACUAUUUGGUAUACAGGCUUGUUUCACGCACUUCAAUACCCGAGUGACUUUUCUGAACCAACGUCAAAUGAGGAUGGUGCGCCACGUGCUUUCUAUUCAGGCUACACAGACAGCAUUCACACUGAGGACGACUCAUACUACCAGUCCUGGUCAAUCUGGGAUACAUACAGAGCCGAGCACUCUCUCUUGACUCUGUUCGCACCGGAGCGUGUCAACAGCAUGAUGCGCUCCUUGCUACGCAUCUUCGAUUGGUCCGGUUGGCUGCCGAUGUGGGCCAACUUGGUCGAGACGAAUAUUAUGAUCGCGACUAAUGCAGACGUUGUCCUUGCCAACGCUCUAGAGCGUGGAUUUAGGGGCUUUGAUAUUGACAAAGCUUGGAAAGCUGUCAGAAAAGACGCAUAUACUCCGCCUGAUCACGAUACUGAUACUCUGUACUAUGACCGUGAGCCCGACACUUCAUAUGAGGCCCGCGCUGGACUCACAUCAUAUCUGAAGCAGGGCUGGGUGUCCAAUGACGGUUGGUCUGAGGCCGGCAGUCGCACACUAGACUACGCAUUCAAUGAUUAUGCUUGUUCGGUUGUUGCUGCUCAUGCAGGAGAAGACAAUGCCACCGUGGAAGCUCUCAGGAAGCGAAGCAGGAACUAUGCGUAUAUUUGGAACAAUGAGACUCAAUUUAUGCAGGCUCGUAACGGAAAUGGGACUUGGGCGAAUAACACUUUUGGAUGGACUGAAGGAGAUGACUGGGUGUAUACCUUUGACGUGAUGCAUGAUGUAGAAGGACUGGCUGGGCUUUUUGGUGGUCAUCAAGCCUUCCGGGACAAGUUGGAUGCGCAUUUCCAGGGUGGUCACAAUGACCAUACUAACGAACCAAGCCACCACGUACCCUAUUUGUAUUCUGCUCUUGGUUAUCCUAAUCAAGCAGCCGAGAUAAUUAGGGACCUUGCUUGGAAAAACUACAACGCGACCAGUGGGGGACUGGGUGGAAAUGAAGACUUGGGACAGAUGAGUGCUUGGUACGUUUUUUCUGCGAUGGGAUUCUAUCCUGUCAACCCUGCCAGUGGGGUGUAUAUUGUGGGAACACCAUUCUUUGGGGAGAUGUCUAUCCUCUUCCCUAGUGAAGCGAGCACUGGCGGAGAAUCUGCAAAUGGUAAAGAGAGGACGCUUGAAAUUAGUGCUCCGGGGGCACCCACGAAGCCGUAUAUUGGUGGUUUGAAGAUUGACGGUAAACCUAUCAAUGCCCCAAUUCUGAAGCACAGCCAGCUUGUCCAUGCGGCGAGAAUCGAGUUCGACAUGAGUGCUACACCAACUUCUUGGGGGAGUAGCCCUUUAUCGGAGACUUGA